CGUGCUGGAGGGAGGAGUUGAGGUCUGGGGCGAGCCCUCGGGAGGGUCGCCCACCUUCCACGUCCGGACCACCUGCCCCUCCUGAAGACGAAAGUCGUGUUCUACGCUACAUGGGGAGGGGUGACAUAAAAAGACACAUUGAAAACCAUCAACGUUGCAUCGAGCCACUGAUCAAAUCCCCGGAGGAUUGGAGGUCAUUGAAAUGGAAGAUGAAGAACAAAACUCUCGACGACGACAACAACGAGGAGGAGAAAGAGGACGAGGCAUAUGAAACGGAACGGCCUCAACAUGAAUAAAUAAUCCCUUGAGGAUCCAUCAUCCAGUCAUCUAAGGAGCGAAGCUGCCGCGGGGGAAUCAGUCGUUCCUCAGCAUCUCUCGUAGCCCUCAUCCAGGAAGCCCCCCCGCGUCCCAGCAAAAGACAAGCAUGUCCGGCCAGCAAACACCAGAGGACGGCCUCUACGGCUCCUGGGUGGAACUGGAGGAGUUGAUUGCCACCGUAAGGGAGAGUCCGACGGAGGACAAUAUCUCGUCUGCCCUGCAGGGGGAGCUGGAGAGGAUCCUGCUGGAGGCGCAGCUGGAAUGCGAGAGGAAUCGAGACAGUCCCCUGCAGUUGGGGACCCCACAUUCGACCGACUCCCCCAGACCCCCGAGUGAUCCCGACAGCGACUGCAUCACCAUACAGGAAGAGAAUGACAGGAGAGUGGACACUGAUUGGGUGUGGGACUGGUCCAGCAGGCCUGAGAACAUGCCACCCAAAGAUUUCGUCUUUCAGCACCCAAAGCAGCACUCGCUCAGCGCUCACAAGACAGAGGUGAUGAAGAAGAGAGGCAUCUUCUCAUCCGACGUGCUCUUCGUUCUCAUCCCCUCGCUGCUGGCCUCGCAUCUCCUCACACUGGGCAUCGGAAUCUAUAUCGGAAAACGUUUGGCCACUUCCACAACUAGCACGCUGUGACAUUAGCUUCAUGCUAACCUAGCCCCUUCCCCCAGUAAGGUCGCAACCAUAGUACCUCGCCUGUUUGCGUUUGUCUUGAUCGUGUGUGUGUGUACGCGUGUGCAUGUGUGUAGCCAUGUUGUUAAGGCCCUUCAGGGUGGGUUGGUGUUGGGAGAGGGGAGGUGGGGGGGCCUGGCAAUGAGUCACGCUGAGGUCACUCUAGUCUCUAAAGACUAAUCAGAGAGAAGACCAGAUGAUACAAGGGGGAAAAAAGAACACACACAAAAAAAGAGGACACCAUGUGUGUCUAUAAUAUAUGCUAGCCCUUCGGACAACCUUGAGGGUAAAAACAAAAAUCUGUCAUUUGUCACGAGUAAUGACAGCUAAAAUCUAUUUUUUUUCCUUGUUCUGUAUUUAAAGCAGACAUGUAGUUUUCAGGAGUCAAUGUAGGGAGCGCGUGUCCUUUUUUUUUUUUUUUUCUGUCCCUUAAUCCAAUUAAAUGUUUAACCUCCCCCAAAGACAAUCACGAUCCCAUUAAACGUCACUCCUACACACCCUCA